AUGAAGCUGCUGUGCUGGAACAUCAACAGCCUGGCGCCCACCGUGCGCAACGCGGUGCUCAAGCACGGCAGCUGGCUGGGCUUCUUCCAGGAGCACGGCCUGGACAUUGCGUGCCUGCAGGAGUCCAAGGUGCCCGAGGACAAGCUCACCAAGGAGCUGUGCUGCGUGGACGGCUACCAGAGCUUCUGGGCGCACUCCAGGCAAGGGCGGGGCCACGCCCCCGACAUCCCUCCCGGCCCCGCCGCCGCCCAGCGGUGCAGGGAGAAGAAGGGGUACAGCGGCGUGACCACCUACGCCUCUGAUGCCUACGCCCCGCUGGUCCUGAUCACCGACCACGGCGCCUUUGUGCUGGUGAAUGUGUACGUGCCCAACGCCGGCGACCGCCCCGACCGCCCCCGCCUGCACUACAAGCUGCGCUUCCUGGCCGCGCUCAGGCGCAAGUGCGAGGAGCUGGCGGUGGCGGGGCGCGAGCUGCUGCUUGUGGGAGACUUUAACGUUCCAGCGGAGGCGCGGGAUGUGCACCCGGACCUGCUGCCGGGAGGCUCCCUGGAUGAGCUGUAUGGGCAGGAGGAGCGCGCCGCGCUGCACGCCCUCACAGCCGCCUACCCAGACGUGUGGCGGCGGCUGCACCCCCAGGAGGCCGCCACCUACUCUGUGUGGAAUGAGAAGACCAGCGCCCGAGCCUUCAACAGGGGCCUGCGCAUAGACUACGUGCUGUGCACGCCGGGCCUGCUGGGCAGGGUUGUUUCCUGCGAGAUCCUGGGCCCCGAGGUGCUGCCCCCCAACCGACCCUGCGCUCCCUGCCACUCUGGCCGCUACUGCCCGCCCCCUGCCCCAGGCAUGCUGCUCAAGCUGCGGGACGUGCCCCCGCUGCCGCCGCACCCGCCCUGCCAGGAGUGGCAGCGCCUGCACCGCCGCUUUGUGGACACCAGCCAGCGGAGCAUACUGGGCAUGUUUGGCGCCGCCGGCAAGAAGCGGGCGGCGGCAGCGCCUGCGGCACCAGCGGUGCCAGGCUCGGCAGCAGCGGCGGCACCUGCGCCGGAAUCGGCAGCAGCAGGGCCAGGAGCAGGGAGCAAGGGUGCGGAGGCAGGCGGCGAUGGUGCGGAUCAGGAUGCGGGGCAUCGCAAGAAGCAGCGGCAUGAUGGAAGCGAGGCGCCGGCGCCGGCAGCAGAGGGGGAUGCAGCACCGCCAGGCCCCGCAGGGGAAGAUGGCAGCGGGCAAGAUGCAGGCGAGCAGGGCGGUGGCGCAGCAAGCGCGGGAGAGGCCAAGCCAGGCAGCCGCAGCGGCGAGGCGGCAGGAAAGCAACAAAGCGGCAAGCCUGCUGCUGGGCGCGGCAAGGCGCGUGGCAAACAGCAGCAGAAGCAGCAGCAGCAGAAAGGCGUAAAGGAGGCGUCGGAAGGGGGCGGGCAGCGCACGAUAGGCUCAUUCUUUGCUGCAGCGGGCGGCGGCUGA